AUGAAAAUAAACGUUGAUUUGGCCAAAAGCCUUCAAUUGACUCCAGUUUAUCGACCUUACAAUCAACACCACAGUAUUUUAUAUUCUUUGGCAUGUAAGUAAAACAAACGUUAUUUCUCGAUAGUAUGACACCUUCUUUAUAAUGACAGCUACAUGGCUGCCCUUUGUAAUAAAUAGAACCCAUAUCAAGAAAUACCUGAUUCGUGGAACAUUCUUUUUAUUAAAGUAAAGGUUUAGACCAUUCUCUUGAGGGUCAUACUAAAGAGAUUUGAAUGUAUACUCUGUAGGUAAUGCCAACAUUAACCACAAUUUGAACCUGCUAUGGGAAGAGCAUCCUGAUUACCAAACCUGCCCCUUACUCUUGACAGCUUUAGGCAUGCAAUCCUUUUCUAUGCAUCAGACCCCAGGUAAAGUACUAUUAAGAAUCAUACCGAAUUUAAAAAAUAUUAUCCCUACUAUUAAAUCCUGAAAAAAGACCACUAAGCCCGAUCCGAGCAUAGCAGGGCAGGCCAAAACAAAUUUAGGCUCAAAAGAUAGGCCUAAUUGAACGCCUCAAAGGCCUAGCUUAGCGGAUAUGUAUGACACCUUUUUUAAAAAACAUAACAAAAGGUAAGUAAAAUAUAACGCUUUUAGGAAUAGAAUGCGACAUAAAUGACAUCCUUCAUCAUGAACAAUAUAUUGAAGUUUUUGAAGACCUUCCAGAAUCCUCAGAGUUAAGACAAGAAGUAAAGAUUGCAGAUGUCAUAGAUAAGAAAAAUGCAGCAAUUGUCAUCAGAAAUGGUAAUAAUAGUUUUAUAUUGUGCUGAAAAAUGUACCACAAUGGCACUUACCGAUGUAGUCCUUUUAUAGGUACAAUAAAUAUAAACAGCCCUCCUCAAUUAUUAACUGUUUAACUUUUUCAGUUACUGCAUACGACAAUGUUACCAAUAAAAAGUUAGCUUUCAUGCAAUUUUCAUUAUACCAGAAAAAUUGUGGCGGCUUUGGUGGUCCAAAGCACAGUAGUUUAGAAGUUCCAUUAGAAAGAAUACCUAAACAUCUACAAAUUGACAGUAUUAUAACUGUCAAGAACGAUGUGAAUCAAGUAAGUUUAUAAAAAUAUUUAAUUAUUAUAAAACCAAAUUUUAAAAAAAUCAAAAUUACAAAACAUUAUGCAUUUUCUAAAAUACAGUAUACUAAACAAUAACGUAAGCAUACCAAUCUAAUUUAACAAAAAAAUAAAAAUAAAAGCAAUUUUAAAUUUAAAAAGCAUAGGCUACCAAAAAAUACGUUUUAGGCCGCCCUGUUCCGACAGUGUAACGCUGACACCUUCCCUUUGCAUAUAGACCCCCAAGCCGCUAAAGAACAAGGCUACAAAGCCCCAAUCUUACAUGGUCUAUGCACACUGGGUAUUUCAGUACAAGCCAUUGUAAAUCGGUAUUUAAAUGGAAAUUGGAGACAAUUUAAAUCCAUGAAAUGCCGAUUCACAGCCGCGGUAAUACCAGGACAAACAUUAGUUAUAAAGGUUUAUAAAGAUGGGAAUAAGCUGAGAUUUGAAGCUUUUGUAAGUUGGUACUGUAACUUUGUUAUUUAUUGAAAAUUUGCUAUAUUUUUACAUUUACCAUGCAAAACGCAAUAAAAUCUUAUGUUAUAAUAAAUUUGCACUAAAAUUUUAAUCAAUUUAUUAAAUUCGAACUUUCAGGUAGACAACAAUGUCAAAGUGAUAUCAUCAGCGUACAUAACACUAAAAGAGGCAUUCAAGUUAUAA